AUGAAGAAAAUAACUUAUCAAUCAUCGAGUCAAAACCUCUCGACUUGUUUUCCUAUUGAUCUAUUCGCACAUCCAUUUCUAUUUACAACUAUUUAUUUAAAUAUAAACGCAUUUGACGUCAAGCUUCAACUGCUUGUUGCCUGCUCAUCACUAAAUAAUAACAGUCGAAUGGCGCGUUCGACGGUGUGCGAAGAUGCAUCAACGUCUCGUUUUUUACUCUAA